AUGAUUGGACUCAAGGCGACACUCAAUGUCAUCGACAACUCGGGCGCACAGAUCGUCGAGUGCAUCCGCGUCCUCAAAGCUGGCUCACAUGCUCGGAUAGGGGACGAGAUUGUCUGCGUCGUACAGAAGGCAAGGUCUCUCGGUGUGCAGGUCGGCAACCAGGCUGCUACACAAAAAGUAAAGCGUGGAGACAUACGGCAUGCCUUGGUCGUACGGACACGGAAGGAGAUGAAGCGAGCAGAUGGACGGUAUAUACGCUUUGACGACAAUGCCUGUGUUCUCAUCAAUAACAAGGGCGAGCCCAUUGGGUCGCGUAUCCUUGGCGUUAUUGGCGCUGAGCUGCGGGACAAGAAGUACAGCAAGAUCUUGUCUUUGGCCCAGCGGGUCGUAUGA